CGCCACCUCCACCUCCACCUCCACUCUCCAACCCGUCUCCUUCCUCCGCCGCUCGCCCGAAUAAAACCCCCGGGCAGGCAUUGACGCAUCCAGCGCACCGCCAAUCCGCUAUUGAUAACCACAGUUGAGCUAGCCGCGUACACCUCGAGCAGGCAGGCAGGGCAGCUCGGCUUCUACCUCCGGGAAGACAUUAUCAAGGAGUACUUCGUCUUCCUCCGUCCCAUCCAACGUGCAUCAGCCGGGUAACCCGAGAGGUAGGAUCGGAUUCUCUACUGCGACGUCCAGCCACGGCCGGCCGUACGUGGAUCUAAUCAAGGAAACCCGGCACAGCUACAGCAGCACUCGUCCAUUGGCGCUCGUUCUUGCCCGGUCCACCGAUGACGCUUGACGGCGGCUUGCCAGUCACCGCCGACGGCGCCGGCGUGCCGACGGUCGCGGAGAGGAGCGGCGGCGGCUGCGGCCCCCGCGUGGCGCCGGAGGUGGUGGUGGAGCGGGACGGCGGCAGCGGUGCCGGCGUUACCAUCCUUGCGAUGGAGAGGGAUGGCGGCGUUGGUGCCGGCGUGGCGCCCACUGCGGCGGAGAGCGAGGGCGGCGGCGGGAGGAGCUGCGGCGAGCAGUGCGUGAUCCGGGUGGCGGAGGAGUCGUGCUGCGCGCGGUGCGUGUGCGUGGGGCCGAACCCGAUGAUGGCGCGGUACGUGUACGCGCUCAUCUUCCUGGUGACCAACCUGCUGGCCUGGACGGUCCGCGACUACGGCCACUCGGCGCUGGGCGAGCUCCGGCGGCUCAGGGGCUGCCAGGGCGCGCGCUACUGCCUGGGCGCCGAGGGCGUGCUGCGCAUCAGCCUCGGCUGCUUCCUCUUCUUCUUCGUCAUGUUCCUGUCCACCAUGAAGACGCGCAAGGUGCACGACUGCCGCAACUCGUGGCACUCCGAGUGGUGGCCGGUGAAGAUCGUGCUCUGGAUGGCCCUCACCGCCGUCCCCUUCUUCGCGCCCUCGCCGCUCAUCCAGCUCUACGGGAAGGUGGCACAUUUCGGAGCAGGGGCGUUCCUCGUGAUCCAGCUCAUCAGCGUGACCAGGUUCAUCACGUGGCUCAACGACUGCUGCCGAUCGGAGCUGAACCUCAAGAGAUGCCACAUGCAGGUGCUGGUGGUGUCGAUCGUGACGUACGUGGGGUCCAUCCUGGGGAUCGUGCUCAUGUACGUGUGGUACGCGCCCACGUCCGCCUGCAAGCUCAACAUCCUCUUCAUCACCGUCACCCUCGUGCUCGUGCAGCUCAUGACUUUCGUCUCCGUCAACUCCAAGGUGAAGGCGGGGUACCUGGCGCCGGGGCUGAUGGGGAUAUACAUCGUGUUCCUCUGCUGGUCGGCGAUCAGAAGUGAGCCGCACACGGAGAUCUGCAACAGGAAAGCAGAGGUGGCGACAAGCGCGGACUGGCUCAACAUCGCGAGUUUCGUGAUCGCGGUGAUCGUCGUCGUCGCGGCGACCUUCUCGACGGGGAUAGACUCAAAGUGUAUUCAGUUCAAGAGCGCCGAGACGGAGUCCGAGGACGACGACAUCCCGUACGGGUUCGGCUUCUUCCACUUCGUGUUCGCCAUGGGCGCCAUGUACUUCGCCAUGCUCUUCAUCGGCUGGAACGCGCAUCAGGAAAUGGAGAAGUGGACGAUCGACGUGGGCUGGGCGAGCACGUGGGUGCGCGUCGGCAACGAGUGGCUAGCGGCGAUCACGUACAUAUGGAUGAUCGUCGCUCCGAUCGUGUGGAAGCGGAGGCAGGUGGGGUCGUCGUCCGCGUGUGCGUGAGCGAACGUUUUAUUCUCGCUCGUGCUAAUUACCUACUGAAGAACAGCUAAUCUACAAGAAAGAAAAGAGAGAAGCAGGGAGCUUGCUUGACAUGACGCUACUUCACUUACACGACGCAUGGACGGAUGAUGGCGAUGAUGAUGAUGACGACGAUCAAGAAGUGUUGGUCAGUCGCUCGUUUUUGCCCAAGUUGGAGGUAAAAAGAGGGGGAGAGAAAGGAAAGAGCCGAACGUGUUCCUCUUUGUAUAUACGGCCAAUUUUGCUUUCUGGCCGUUGCAGAUAAAAACUAAUUCUUUUGGAGUUGAGUUGAUUGUAUAUUCUCACUCCAGAAAAGAUAUUUACCAAGGAAACAACUCGUGACCGAAUUUCAAA